AUGAGGCAGUAUAGGAAAAAUAAUUUGAUAGCGAUUCCAGUCUCCAAAUGCUCAGAAAACUGUCUUCCUGGUUACAGAAAAGCUCAGAUACGUGGUCAGCCAGCGUUCUGCUAUGACUGUGUCCCUUGUGAGAAUGGAGAGAUUUCCAAUGAAACAGAUAGUGAAAAUUGUCAGAAAUGUCCUGAUGAUAAAUGGCCAAAUGAGAAGAAGGAUAAAUGUGUCCCUAAGAUUAUAGAAUUUUUAUCAUACACAAAUGACACUUCGGUCAUUCUCUUUUCCCUUGUGUCAGUUACCUUGACUUUAUUAACCAUCCUUGUUUUUGGAGUCAUUAUUUGGUUCCUUGAUACUCCUAUAGUCAAAGCAAACAAUCGUAAUCUCAGCUUAGUUCUCCUUGUCUCUAUCAUGCUGAGUUACCUGUGUGUGUUUUUGUUCCUUGGCCAUCCUGUGGAUAUAACGUGUAUGCUCCGUCAGAUUUUAUCUGGAAUAACCUUCUCAGUAGCUAUAUCUUCUUUGUUGGCGAAGACUAUCAUGGUUGGCAUUGCUUUCAAAGCUACUAAACCUGGAAGCAGUUGGAAAAAAUGGGCAAGCACCAAGCUGACCAAUUCAGUAGCCAUACCUUUGUCAUCCAUCCAGGUUAUAAUUUGUGUGAACUGGUUGGCAAUUUCUCCACCUUUCCAGGAGUAUAACAUGCACUCUGAACCUGGAAAGAUUAUCAUACAAUGUAAUGAGGGAUCUACACUUGCUUUUUACUCCGUCCUGGGAUAUAUGUUUCUUCUGGCAGCUGCAAGUUUCAUCACAGCUUUCUAUACCAGGACAUUACCAGACAGCUUUAAUGAAACAAAGUUCAUCACCUUCAGCAUGUUGGUGUUCUGCAGUGUGUGGAUUGCCAUGAUCCCGGCGUAUCUCAGCACAAAGGGAAAACAAAUGGUGGCUGUGAAUAUAUUUGCCAUACUGGCUUCUAAUACUGGACGUCUAGGCUGUAUAUUUUUACCAAAAGUUUUUAUUAUCCUGUUAAGACCUGAACUUAAUUCAAGAAAAAAUUUGCUUAGGAACAAUCAGAAAUGA